ACAGUGCUGCUAGAGUGGGACGCAACACGGUUGUGAAACUCGAUCCGUGCACCCCUAAUGAAGAUGACACACAAGUCUAGUUAUGCCUAGGGCUCAGACACAGCCUUUAAAUUACCAUUAUGUAACACAGCAUUCAAAACAAGAGGAACCGGUUGUAGUGAGGAAACUGCGCUCUCGUGAAACGCGCGUUCGUGCUGCCAUUGCCAUGAAUUCUCGCAAUAACGCUUCGUGUUUGCCCGGGAUCAAACGGGUGGCUAUUUUUGGAGGUACACAUGGAAACGAAAUGUCCGGCAUAACGUUGGUAAAUAUGUGGAUGAAGAAUGCAGCCGAGACGGAAAGAAACGGACUGGUGACCAAGACGUUCAUAAGCAAUCCAAAAGCAGUGGAAAAAUGCGUGAGGUACAUCGACACAGAUCUGAACCGCGCAUUUACUCCUGCUAAUAUUAGUGGUCCAGAUACAGAAGGCCUGCCGUAUGAAGUCCAAAGGGCUCGGGAAAUCAAUCAAAUGUUUGGUCCCAAGGGAAGCUCGGAUGCGUAUGAUGUCAUCUUUGACCUUCACAACACCACCUCAAACAUGGGCUCCACCCUCAUUCUGGAAAGCUCAAAAGACCUCUUCACCCUUCAGAUGGUACAUUAUAUUAAGAAGGCUAUGGCUCCGCACACCUGCUCAGUGCUGUUAAAUGAGCACCCACAGCUGAAAUAUUCAACCACACGUUCUGUUGCCAAACACCCUGUUGGUGUUGAGGUGGGCCCUCAGCCACAGGGGGUUUUGCGGAGCAAUGUGUUUGAGUCCAUGCGGAUGAUAAUAAAGCAUGCACUGGACUUCAUUGAGCUCUUCAAUAGUGGUGUCGAGUUUCCUACAUGUACAGUGGAAGUCUUCAGAGUUCGGGAAAGUAUGGAUUACCCCAGAGACACCAAUGGCAACAUUACAGCUAUGGUUCAUCCUCAUCUACAGGAUUGCGACUGGGAACCUUUAAACCGGGGUGACCCUAUGUUCCUAACUUUCGAUGGAAGAACAAUCCCCUUUGAAGGUGCUAGCACUGUGUUCCCUACGUUCAUUAAUGAGGCCGCCUACUACGAGAAAAUGCAAGCGUUCAUGACCACCUGUAGAGAAAUAUUAGCUGUUAAUGCUGUCAGAAAAGCAUAGUGUUAAACAUGUUUUGUUUUCCUUUUAAAUUCACUGUGGCACCUACAAGGUACUACCAAAUUCAAACCACAUUCAAUGGUACAAACCCUGUCACUAGGAUGUUACCCUUUAAAAUGUCCUAAUAUAUUUGGUACCUUUAUGUACCUUUAAGCUACUAAUAUGAAACUUGUAUGCAGAAGGGUGCACCCCAGUGAUGGCUUCUGUGCCUUUGUUUCUGUGAGUGCAUAAUAGUUUAUUUUUAAAAAUGUAUUUUUUUUUUUUUUUAAGUUUUUUUUAACAUUCUUAGAAAAACUUUUGUACUAAAAAUGUUCUAUAAAGUACUCCAAUAUAUAAAUAUAUAAUGAAAAAAUUUAUUUUUUUAGAUUAAUAUAUAUAUAUAUAUAUAUAUAUACAUUAGGCCUACCUAUGGCACGUUGUAUCUCAGGAAAAGUCUUCACUGCCCUUGAGCGUGCACUGUAAAAAAAAAUCGUUGUUGCCUUAAAUUCUUGUCAAGAGAAAUAAGUGUCAUAAAAAUUUAAGGCAGCAAAUAUUUUUUUACUGUGUGUGAUUCACUGUUGACUCAAAUACUGACCUAAAACAGCCUUACAAACAAAGUAACCUCCUGGCAAUGUGUUUAUACGUCCGUUUCUUGAAGAGUGAAUCAUUGUCUAAACUCUACAGUUGUUUGUUUCUUUUCCUAAGUUCCUGAUUUGAUCUUUUCUUCAGUUAUGCAACCUGAUCAUUGCCUUAACAGAUAAGAGUCUGAUAAGAAAGCAUCGAGUUGGCAGGGUAAUCAUAUAGUAACAUUGAGUACUGUACAGUAAAAAUGGUUUGAAUAAUAUUUAGCAAUACUGUAGUAGUUGUAUUUGAUGGUGCAGAUUGCUGGAUAUUUUUGAAAACAUUCAGCAGGCACUGAAAACUUAUGGGAAAAGUAUGAUCUUGUGUGAAAAAUGUGUGAUGUUUUUUUUGUGUGAUGUAUUGUACUGUAUUUUGAAAUAGUGUGCUAAUAAUAAUAAUAAUAAUGUUUCCAUCUAUGCAAGAAAUAAUAUAUUCACUUUAUGUGGAAAGGAUGUUUUAAUUUAUUUUCAAUUGAAGAAAAAUGCUCUAAAGGUCCAGAUGUUAUUGAUUGAUGUUCAGUGUUGUUUAAAUGUGCUUGUAUGUUAAUGUAAUGAAAUGGAUUAUACGUGUUUAUAGUCGUGAUUGUCUUUAUUAGAUUCAUGAAUCAUUUCAGCAAUGUUAAAGCAAUAUUGAAAUGUGUCUUUCCUGAGUUAAAAAUCAACUUUUUGCACUAUUUAAUUAAAACUCAUGCCUAUUAAAGGAGUAGUUCAUUUAAAAAAAUAAAAACAUAUUUUGUCAUUAUUUACACACUUUCAUGUUGGUUUUAAUGUAACACAUUGGAACACAAUAGGAAAUACAUUGUUGUUCUUAACCAUUCAAACUGCAUGAUUUGUGUAGAUUAUUAUUAUUUUGUCUGCUAAUGUAAAUGGCUUAUUUACUGUAGCUUCUGAAUGGCAAACCUAUCAUCCUGUUUAAAAGUUUACACACCCCUGGUUCUUAA